CUUAUUCUGUUGACAAGCGAAUAGCAAUCCCCCCAAUGGAGCAUAACAUUUUGGUGUGGUGCUUCUAAUCCAUGUCAUAGAUUUUUUGGGACAUGUAGGUCUCUUUUUUUUCUUCUUUUUUUUUCUCCUUUUCCUUUGAUAGGGUUAAUGGAGCAGAAUCUAUAUCAUUCUGGUGAACAAACUUGUAAGAAUUGCGAGAGGGUCCUUGCAGUUGCUUUGCUUAUGGUAGUCUGCAACAUUUGGUGCAAGGGGUAUGUCAGCAUCAGAGAAGAUGGAGGUGUAGGAGAUGAUGAGAUAGAUGUGGCGGAUCUGGAGGAACAAAUGGAGGUGCUAAUAAGGCAGAGGAAGAGUGGAGAAGAAAAAUUUGAAGAGAGAGAUGUUGAAGGUAUGCCACUGGCUAGGACUGAAGAGGGUGGGAGGGUAAGUUUCAUUGUUGAAGAAAGAAGAAACUCUUCAACAGGUAAGGAGGAAACGGCAUUACUUACUGAUGAAACAGAAGUUACCGAAGGGAAUGGGCAGGGUGACAUUGCCUACAGUGUUAAUGCAUUUCAUGACAACAUGGGAUUCCUCCUGACGGAUUAUUUUAUGGGAACCCUACUCUGUAUGAAUCUGAAUAAGCUGAUAGGGAAGAACUGAAGCCUCAUGUUGAGGAAUGAAGAGAGAUGACGGUAUCUAACAAAGAGUUAACAGGAAGGAUCACCUGGGCUAGUGAUUGAUUGAAUUCAGGAAAAAGGAUGCAUUGUCUUUUUGAUCUUCUUAUAUAACUUGGGUGAGAGGAAGCAUCAAACCUUCAAAUAAUGUAAUUAUCACCAG